GCGCCGGGUUUGAAUUUUACAGUUGAGUAUACUUGUCUGUUGCCCCGAACGUGCUGAGUUUGUAUCAUUCACGAUCAACUCUUGACAGGAUUUUGUCUGCAGUGUGGAAUGAAAGAUUGAUAAUUGAUUCAUGAUUUCAGGUUUACGUCUAAUCCUCCCAAUGCUUCCGUUGCAGCCAUCCCAUCUAUGCUUAAAAGAACUUUUUUAACAGAGUAGACCUGUAACAUACGGUACUUAACAAUAAUAUUCGUGCCCAAACAAGGUAAACAUGCACUUGUAUACGCGCUUAGUGUACACAUGGAACGCCGUGGACGUGGAAGUUGACGGGCUAGUGCAGCAUGGCCAUGUUAUCGAUUUGGAAAAUGCCGAAGACGGUUCGCAGCGUCUGCUCGUAGAUUUCGGGUGUCCGGGGCAGCGGUCGGUGCCGGUUAGACACGAGAAUGUUCUUGACAGUUCUUGCAAGCACACACCUGCUGCAAGCUGGCUGGACAGCGCAUUCUGGCGGUGGAGAGGAGUUGGCUUCUCGGCCGCGCCUGCGGGAGAAAAUCAUCCUAGCGUGGAAGCCUUAUUCCGCGAACAUCCCAGUCAGCCUUGGAAAUGGUAUCCCGCCAAGAUGCUCAUGUACCGCUUUGAAUAUCUCUCUUCUCACGCUCUUGUGGAAGUAAUGCUGGAAGGGUAUCGUGUUCGCCUACUGCUUCCAUUCGAGCAGAUGCGGCUACCGCUCUCGGAAACCGACCGCCAGAACAGAGCGCUUCAGCGAGAUUAUUUUGUGCGGCAUUCGUGUUGGUUUCCUGCAGGCUUUUGGACCACAUUGGAGCCGGCGGUGGCACUGCGAUUCCGUCGGGAAAUGCAGCGUUAUUACAUGAAUGCCAUGCACAUCGUAUCUGUUAUUGGUGACAAGAUGACCUAUCUGCAACGGAACAAUACGAAGUCAAUGCUGGAUCAGGUUGCUGAGAACAAGGAUGUUCUUAGGAGCAUCUCAACAGAUUUCCACCAGCGCCGACAUCAAAUACUUUGCACUAUAGAAAUAACAAAUAUCCGAGAAAGUCACAAAAAUGCGAACAACGAGAGGAAAUCGUGACUGCAGAUGGACUCGCCUUAAUCCUGUUGCCAACGGAACUGCUGAAAGAGAUCUUCCAGUCCAUGGGCACCAUUGAUCGGCUACGCUGCCGCCGCACCUGUCCACUGUGGGACGAAAUUAUUUGCUUGCCGGAGCUGUGCCGUGUUGUCGAUGCAACGUUUCAUGACCGGGAUGGCGAUGUCAUUCUUGGUGGUAAUUACGUCACGUACGCCUGCAUCCUCACGCAGAUUACCGCGGGUACGCGCACACUCUGCAUACCGUUUCGGGAUGACUAUGAAAACUAUCGUGGUCGAAGUCCAGAAGGGCAACACCGAAGUGAAAUUGCUGCAGCGCUAGGCUACAUUCAACAGGUGCUAAGAGAAACCGGCACUUGCAUCGAGCGGUUAGUAUUAUACUAUCGCGACAUGCACAACUUUUGUCUCAUCGCCUGUUUAGAAGAUUACUUUAACAAUCUGGCGCAGACGUAUUCUAGUAUCGCGCCGUGGUGUCCUCGCAUCAUCUGGAUCAACUACACUUGGCGGUACUAUGUGGCAUCAUUCUCAUUUUGUGUCCGCAUUCCAUAUGCCGUUUUCAGUACGCACCUCAUCGGUACGGCACAAGUUCGGGGAUUGUUUGAAAGACAUGUUGACAGUGAUCGUGGAUUGGAUCAAGGACGUAUGCACUCGUGUAUAUCGAGCGCAAUCCGGGCCAAAUCCAAAACAAAAUGCGCAACGAUUAUUGAGAUUUUGAAAGCCUUUCAAUCUGAUGAUCCACGUCCCUCGGCGAAUUAUUCGACCCAAGAAUGGACACUGAACAAUUUGGAUUGCUUGGAUAUUAGGAAAUUAAACCCGAUUUGUUUGGUUGCUCUGUCACGUUUCGUGGAGAUGUCGACCAAGUCCCUAUUGCAGAUGAGCGAUAGCUCCGAAGAAGACAACGCAGAGGAUGAACAUAAUGAUGGCGUCAAGGAUCAAGAAAACGAUUAAAAUUAUUAAUUACAUAUAUAUGUGAAAUGUCAGGGUCAUCAGAAUACAUACAUAAACUGGUCACCGCACGUAAAACCAUUGUAAGCUUGGUAUCUUAUGGUUAGUGCAAAACGCGAUGCUUUAGUUUCCACUGCGAUUUGCGUUGAAUAUGUCGGCAUUUGGUUUGGCUUAAAUUUUAAAACGGUUUAGUGUU